AAGAACGAGGAGUCAGAAGUUCUACCCUGAGCCAAGAUCAGAACCCUCGGUGCUCACAGGUCUAGUCCGGCCAGUGGUCCUGAGCACAGUCAUGCCUCGAGGUCAGAAGAGUAAGCACCGUGCCCGUGGGAAACGCCAGCAGACCCAAAGUGAGAAUGGGCGUCUCGCAGGAGCUCAGGCCACCACAGCAGUGCGCGAGUCCCCUUCCUCCCCCUUGACUGUUUCUGAGGGUGAAGGUGCUCCCCCCAGCCCCCCUGCACCAGGUUCUCCCCAGAAGGCUGCCAGGGCCAGGGUCGCCAGCGGCCCUGCUGCAGCCAUGUCGGGCUCCAGUUCUGAUGAAGGUGCCAAGAGGCACGGGCAGGCAGGUGCAGGUUCCUCCCAGGCCCCCCCGUCCUCUGCGAGCGCUCGCAGGGACCCUCUGAGCGAGAAGGCGGGCCUGUUGGUGCACUUUCUGCUGCACAAGUAUAAAGUGGGCGAGCCCGUUAACAAGGCAGAGUUGCUGCGGAUUAUCACCGAGGAGUACCAGGAGCAGUUCCCGGAGAUCCUCCGGAGAACCACGGAGCGCAUGGAGCUGGUCUUUGGCCUUGACCUGAAGGAAGUCGACCCCAGCAGUCAGUCUUACGCCUUUGUUAGGAAAGAGGGUCUUCCUCUCGAAGGGCGCCUGAGCGAUGGCGUGGGCUUUCCCAAGAACGGGCUCCUGAUGCCUCUCUUGGGUGUGAUCUUCAUGAAUGACAACCGUACCUCCGAGGAGGAAGUGUGGGAAUUCCUGAAUAUGUUGGGGCUCUAUCCCGGGAUGACGCACCCGAUCUUUGGGGAGCCCAGGAAGCUCAUCACCGAAGAUCUGGUGCAGGAAAGGUACCUGGAGUACCGCCAGGUGCCCGGCAGCGAUCCUCCUCGCUAUGAGUUCCUGUGGGGUCCGAGGGCCCACGCUGAAACCAGCAAGAUGAAGGUCCUAGAGUUUGUGGCCAAAGCCAGCAAUACUGCCCCCAGUGCCUUCCAGGGCCAUUAUGAGGAGGCUCUGAGAGAUGAGGAAGAGCGAGCCCGGGCCAGAGCUGCGGCCAAGGCUGCCGCUGGUGCCUCUUGCAGCAGCGCCUCGCAGCCCCAGUGAGGUCUGAGACACGGUCUCCCCUCUGUAGAUGGAGGUGCGGUCAGCUUUUCCGCAGGGGGGCUCAGGUGGAGCCGGGGAGGGCGGAGUUUAUUUCUUCUUUGUGUUCCUGUUAUUUAGACAUAGCAUACAGACUUAGCUCUUUUUUUCCCCCUUAUCUUUCCAGUGCGUUCUUUUUAAAAAGGUUGAUUUAAAUUCAGAAUGUUAAGUUUAUGAAUAACGUGGCUCGCACACUUGGUGCUGCUUAUCACGUUUGAGAGUAAUAGUUUCGUGUUUUGUGAAGCAGAUUGAAAACGCUUGCAUCUUCUAUUGUGACCCAGUACGAGGAAGACAGAGCGCUAGAACAGGGAUUUUGACUCAAAUAUAAGAGAACCCCGCAGUGGAUCAAUUGAGGUGUAACAAGAUGGCAAAAUAAAG